UCCAUCUUUUCUUCCGGAGAUAAACUCCACAGCCCGCAACAAUGUCUGCAAGAUACCACCAGAUCACAGUUUCCCUUGUCUUCCUCGCAAUCCUUCCGCCAUUAAUUUCCUCCGCUCGCGACGGCGAUGAUUUUCCCUCCGCCUACGAAGUAGUUGAAUCCUUCGACUUCCCCGUAGGUAUCCUCCCUGUGGGCAUCACAGGAUACGAUAUCGAUUGGAAGACUGGGAAAUUCGAUGCUUACCUCAAGGACUCGUGCAGUUUCUCUCUAGAAGGCUCUUAUCAACUCAAAUAUAACUCUAGAAUAUCCGGCGACAUACAAAAUGGCCGUAUAACGAACCUCAGCGGCGUCAGCGUCAAGGUUUUCUUCUUGUGGUUAAACAUCGUGGAGGUUAUUCGGAGCGGAGACGAUCUUCAAUUCUCGGUGGGGAUUGCUUCUGCUAGCUUUUCUCUCGAUAAUUUCGCAGUUUCUCCGCGAUGCGGCUGUGGAUUGGAUUGCAAAAGCCUUGGGAAUGAAGAUCACGCCGAGAUUAGAAGCAACCCUUUUGUCUCUUCAAUUUAAGUAAGUUUUUGCUUCUGGGUAAUCGGAUUGCGGGACUUUUAUUCUCGAUUCCAGUUUUGAGCUUGCAACUCUGGCAUAAAGAUGCCACCUUUCUUUCAUUGGUUUAUCUGUUUCCCUUUUUCUUUACUGUUCAUGUCUUUGCAUUUUAUACAUCUAAUUCAAAAGGGAUUACUGGCUUUUAUUUCA